CUUAUUUAUCACUUUAUUUUAUGUUUAAAAUCAUUUGAUAUUUUUGCAUCUAUAAGAAAAUGUAGAAGAAAAUGUUUGAAAUAAAUGACAAUUUAUAUUGAUAUUAUAACAUAUUAUUGCUAAUAUCUAACUAUAAUAUCUAACAAGAAUAUAAAAUCGAGAAUAUAAAUAUAAGCAGCAAUGUGGGAAAAGCGCGGAUGUUUCGUUCCGGUAGAUAAUAGUAAAAAAUAAUACACCCUAACUCUGUAAUAUACGUCGUUAUUAAUGCAGGAACAUUGCAGUCUGGGACAUCUCAGAAUUCCGAAUUGAAGACAUGCUUUAUUCUGUAUUUAGUUAUUCUUAGAGGAAGAUUUAUUGUUGUUACGUUAGAUACAAUAAAAAUAUGCUAGACUUAUUGCCGAUAAACUUUUAUAUUUUUCGUAUCUGCGGCAUGUGGAGAGAACGUGAAGAUGGAUUAAUAGUACGUUUCGUCAGUUUCUGCACCAGGUAUACAAUAGCUGCUUUAAUUUAUUUUUGUACGCUAUCUGAGAUAAUCGAGCUUGUACGUAAGAGGAACAACGUGGAAGAUUUUACGGAAGCUCUAUUCCUCACCAUGAGUUUCGUCACUAUGUGCUUCAAAUAUAUCAAUUUUUUUAUGCAACAGUGUGAAUUACGUGUCUUGUUGGAUUGUUUUCGUACUGACCUAUGUCAGCCAAGAGAUUCCAUGGAAAGAUCGAUACUGAAACAAUAUAGUCGUAAAGCUAAGCAGACUACUUGUAUCUUCAUGUCUUUAUGUCAGUCAACGGGUCUACUAAUUCUCGCAGUACCUCUAUUCACUAAGGACAAAAGAUUACCGAUGAAAGUGUACGUACCGUACUCUAUCGCAACGUUUCUUUCUUAUGUGUUGACUUACCUUCAGCAAUGCGCAGCUUUAAUUUUUGGAAUUCUGGUGAAUGCCUCCUUCGACUCUCUUGUUUAUGGUCUUAUUAUUCAUACCUGCGGGCAGAUCGAACUUCUAUGCUAUCGAUUGACGGAAGCAUUCCGAUGUCUUCAGAAGAAUGACGAAAAGCAGAGACACAGCGCUAUUGAAAAUCUUGCUAUUACAGAAUGUGUGGAGCAUCAUAUUUUAGUAUAUGAUAUCAUAAGCAGAAUACAGUCUUUAUUUGUAUGGACUACUACCUCUUUGUUUAUGCUCAGCCUCCUCACUGUCUGCACUAGCAUUUAUCAAAUAUCCAAAAAAGAAUUAUUCAGCCCGGAAUUUAUUACUUUCAUAAUGUACUUAGUAUGUGUGAAUUCUCAAGUAUUUAUAUACUGCUGGUAUGGCAACGAACUUGACCUAAAGACUAAAAGUAUUACGCAUGCUAUUUAUAAUAGCAAUUGGGUAAUAAUAUCGGCCAAACAACGUAAAAAUUUAUGCCUUGUGAUGAUGAUGAGCCAAAGAGGAAGGAUAAUUUCUUCUUUUGGAUUUUGUGCAUUAGUUCUUAACACUUUUACGUGGAUCCUAAAGACGUCUUACUCUGCUUUCAAUUUAUUGCAAAAAGUUUGAAAUUAACACAGCAUUUACACUAUUUUUGUACAGUUUAUUAGUAGAUGUAGAAUAUUUUAGAUAUCUUUAUAUUAGAAACUUUGUUCUGUAAGUAACAUUUUUAAGAAAAUUACAUUUAUUUAUAAGAAGCAGAAUACAAUUUUUUAUAAAACAUUUUGCUAAUUGUAAAAUUCUUAUGAAACAAAUAUGAAAAGGAUUUUAAUACCGGAUAUGUUAAGUUCUUAUGCAUCAUUUUUAUUUAAAAUCUAUUCUAUGUGAUCAAAGAGAUUUACAUACAUAAUAAGAAAUCUGUUUAAAAUUAUAAAUUGCAUAAAAUAUAUUUUGCGUACUAAAUAAAAGUCUUUAUUUACUUAAAUAUAAGAUAAUAACACAUAAUUAAGUAAUUGACUAAAUUUAUUGAGAUCUUUAGAAAGAUAACUCUUUUUCAAAAAUUUAAUUUUUUUUUAUUUUUCAAGCUUUGUUGCAUAUUAUUCAGUAUAAUUUAGAUUUUUAGAUUUUUAGAUUUUAGAUUAGAGAUUUUUUUAA